AUGAAUAAUGGGUUCUCUCCACAUGAGUGGGCAAACCCCCAUCCUUGUCUAGAUACAGGUUUUGUUGUUCAGAAUGAUUUCACUCUCCCCAACAGUUUCUGGUUUGCAGUAGGUACUCUAAUGCAGCAAGGUUCAGAUUUGAAUCCUCGAGCCGCCUCCACUAGGAUAAUCGGAGGAAUCUGGUGGUUCUUCUCUUUAAUAAUUAUCAGUUCAUACACUGCUAACCUGGCAGCUUUCCUUACAGUAGAGAGGAUGGCAACUCCUAUAGAAAAUGCCGAAGAUUUAGCGGAUCAGUCGACAAUCUAUUUUGGAACUUUAAAGGGUGGAUCUACAAUGACUUUCUUCAGAGAUUCAAAUAUUGAAACAUAUCAGAAAAUGUGGAGGUAUAUGGAGAGCAAAGAACCUUCAGUGUUUACAGCAACCUAUAAGGAAGGAGUGGAACGUGUUAAAAAGGGCAACUAUGCGUUCCUUUGUGAAUCUGCAAUGCUAGAUUAUUUUGUGCAGCGGGACUGCAAUUUAACCCAGAUUGGUGGACUUAUUGACUCCAAGGGUUACGGAAUAGCAACACCAAAGGGUUCACGUUGGCGUGAUAAAAUUUCUCAAGCAAUUCUACUUUUACACGAGAAAAGUGUUAUGCAGAUGCUGUACGACAAAUGGUGGAAACUUGAGUUGGAUGAAGGAUUAGGACAAAGAUUAGUUUGUCCAAACGUUGAUCCAGGUCUCAACAAAGCAUCAGCACUUAAUGUCGUUAAUAUAGGUGGAGUUUUUGUUGUUCUACUCUGUGGUCUCUCCUUCGCUAUACUGGUCGCUAUUGUAGAGUUCCUCGUUAAAUCUAGGGAUCUGAAGGACCAAAAAUUAAAAACAAGAUUUUUUUCGUAAACUAGAAACUAAUUUUUGAUGUUAGUAAAUAAAUUGUUAAACUCUUUUA